AUGGCGCCAAUCGUGGACAUGAGCGACAAGCAUGCGUGGGACGACUCUCUACUCAUCAGCUCCUGGGACGAGGCCCUCAACGAGUACAAGAAGUAUCACAGCAUCCAUCAGUCUGGCAAGAAACUUGAGGACGUGUUGACCGAGGAGGAGCUGAAAGAACUGCGAGAGGACUAUGGCGACUUGAUGGAGGAAACAGCGGCAGCACCCAUGGCGGCAGAGACCAAUGGCGCCGCGGAUCCUGGCGAUGCCGACAUGUCGAGCGCAGAGAUUACUGGAGUUGGUCAGUUUGCCCAAAAUAGCGUAGGGCACGAGGAACCACAACACUCCGAGCAGCAAAGACCUCAGCAUGGCCAAUCGUCGACACCCAAGGCUGUGCCGGCACCAGAUGCUGCCGAACCUCUUGCCAAUGCCAUGCCACAGGCGAUUCUGGGAACCGUCAAGGAUGAAAACCUCAAGAACAUGAUGAUGUCCUGGUACUAUGCUGGCUACUACACGGGUCUGCAUGCCGGACAGCAACAGGCGUCCCACGGCUCCUCGGCAGCAUAA